AUGGCUUCUUCAAUUACCACUGCCGUUUCGCCCACCCGUCGUUUGCCUUCGCCAGUUGUUGUGCCUGCCUACAGGCAGAGCCUCCUCUCAACCCACAGCAGCAUGCUGUCAUCGUCAGCAACAUCCUACAAGACCGCCCCCGUCUCUGCUGCUGCCUCGCGCCAGUCUCUUCCUCUGUCUAUGACGUCCACUGUGUCGUCUCCUCACACCAUCUCCAACCGAGAUGCUGACGACAGCACCAACAAUGACCCAACUCAGAUUAUCAUGGUCACCAGUGAGGUGGAGGUAGAAACUGGCCCUGCUGGUCAAGAUAGUUAUUUUACUAGAACGACGGUGACAAAGUCGGUGACGACUACGGAAACGGUGCAGCCAAGUGGUGACAACGAAGUCCACUUUGGUCCGCCCCCGCCCUCUCCCCCUGCCAGCGUUGAAAGAGACGAACUGGAGCCUCCUCCUCCUUCCAGUCGUCUACUACCCGCGUCACAUUCAGAUUCCGUCGUUCGCGAGUCUUCCACUACCACUCGAGAACGUCAAGCAUCAUCCACAUCUUCUCGAUUGACAGCAAGGUCAUCCACAUUCGACACUACCCUCCACAGGGCCUCAACCGAUACGAAAGGCUCACUUCCAACUCUUCGUUAUGCCUCUCCCCCCACCGCCGCCGAAUCAUCAUCAAAAUCAGCAGCAUACGAUCCGUACCUCCAGCCUCCGGUCGCCAUCAUACCCAUGCGUCCAACUCGUCGAAACACAACAGGUUCAAGCCCCAUCGCUGCCAGUUUCAAGCGCGGCCAUCAGACACAUACGAGGCAAUAUGGGUCGUCGUCACAUUCGCCUGAGGAUGCGUCGUAUUUCGGUGAAGUGGGGAUUGAGCUGGCGUCGGAUAUUGAGAUUGCGGCGGAGCAGAUUAGGAGGGAGAGGAUGGAGAAGAGGGCGAAGCAGCAGCUGCAACAAGAAGUGGAGGCGGCGCUUACCCGUGCUGAGACGAGGCCCAAAUCCGAGCAGGAUAUGCCGCUUGUGGGCAACCUUAUUGGGGAGGAUCAUGUCAAUUAUGUGUUGAUGUAUAAUAUGUUGACGGGUAUACGUAUCGGGGUUUCUCGAUGUCAAGCUAAAAUAAAACGACUACUGACGAUAGAAGACUUUACCGCUCGUCACAAGUUUUCAUUCGAUAUCGUCGGAAACGAGCUGACUCCGUCUGCAAAGUACGAUUUCAAGUUCAAGGAUUACGCGCCUUGGGUAUUUCGGACACUUAGGGAAGACAUAUUCCAUCUAGACCCCGCAGACUACCUCCUCUCCCUCACCGCAAAAUACAUCCUUUCCGAACUCGGAUCCCCCGGAAAAUCAGGCUCCUUCUUUUAUUUCUCGCGAGACUAUCGGUUCACAAUCAAAACCAUCCGACACUCUGAACAUAAAUUCCUCUUGUCCAUACUCCCGCAAUACUUUGACCACGUCAAAGAAAACCCACAUACGCUCUUGAGUCGAUUUUACGGGUUACACCGCGUCAAGCUCCCCCGUGGAAAGAAAAUCCAUUUCGUGAUUAUGAAUAACCUCUUCCCGCCCCAUAAAGAUAUCCACGAGACGUAUGAUUUGAAGGGGAGUACGGUGGGCCGUGAGUACCCCGAAGAUAAAGCUGCACGGAACCCACGGGCAGUGCUGAAAGAUUUGAAUUGGAUAAAGAGGGGGAAGGCGUUGGAUUUGGGGCCUGAGAAGAGGGCGUUGUUGACGGAACAGUUGAGGCGGGACGCGGAGUUUUUGAGGGGGGUGAAUGUUAUGGAUUAUAGUCUGCUUGUGGGCAUACAUAAUAUGCAGAGGGGGAAUAGGGAUAAUGUUAGGAGGAAUACGUUGAAGGUGUUUUCGCCGGACCUACCCAACUCCCUAGGCCGCUCAAAAACCACUUCAGGAGGACACAAAUCCCCCGAAGCCAUCGCCAUGCGUCGGGCCAUGCGGUCCUCGGACCCAAAGCGGCUAGGCAAACAUACCAUCCGACUCCCCGAAGAAGAUAUCGGGGAUCGACUUCAGUUGAUCUUUUAUCAAGACGAGGGAGGGCUGACGGCGACGGAUGAAGGCAAUGAAGGGUUGGAUGUGAUUUAUUAUUUGGGCGUUAUUGAUAUUUUGACGCCUUAUUCGCUUGUGAAGAGGGCUGAGCAUUUGUGGAAGGGGUUGAAAGCUGAUCGGGUUUCUCGAUGUCAAGCUAAAAUAAAACGACCACUGACGAUAGAAGACUUUACCGCGCGUCACAAGUUUUCAUUCGAUAUCGUCGGAAACGAGCUGACUCCGUCUGCAAAAUACGACUUCAAGUUCAAGGAUUACGCGCCUUGGGUAUUUCGCACACUUCGAGAAGACAUAUUCCAUCUAGACCCCGCAGACUACCUCCUCUCCCUCACCGCAAAAUACAUCCUUUCCGAACUCGGAUCCCCCGGCAAAUCAGGCUCCUUCUUUUAUUUCUCGCGAGACUAUCGGUUCAUAAUCAAAACCAUCCGACACUCUGAACAUAAAUUCCUCUUGUCCAUCCUCCCACAAUACUUUGACCACGUCAAAGAAAACCCACAUACGCUGCUUAGUCGGUUUUACGGGUUACACCGCGUCAAGCUCCCCCGAGGUCGGAAAAUCCAUUUCGUGAUCAUGAACAACCUCUUCCCACCACAUAAAGACAUCCACGAGACGUAUGAUCUAAAGGGGAGUACGGUUGGCCGUGAGUACCCCGAAGACAAAGCCGCGCGAAACCCACGGGCUGUGCUGAAAGAUUUGAAUUGGAUAAAGAGGGGGAAGGCGUUGGAUUUGGGACCGGAGAAGAGGGCGUUGUUGACGGAACAGCUUAGGAGGGACGCGGAGUUUUUGAGGGGGGUUAAUGUUAUGGAUUAUAGUCUUUUGGUGGGGAUACAUAAUAUGCAGAGGGGGAAUAGGGAUAAUGUUAGGAGGAAUACGUUGAAGGUGUUUUCGCCGGACCUACCCAACUCCCUAGGCCGCUCAAAAACAACUUCAGGAGGACACAAAUCCCCCGAAGCCAUCGCCAUGCGUCGGGCCAUGCGGUCCUCGGACCCAAAGCGGCUAGGCAAACAUACUAUCCGACUCCCCGAAGAAGAUAUCGGGGAUCGACUUCAGUUGAUCUUUUAUCAAGACGAGGCAGGGCUGAGGGCGACGGACGAAGGCAAUGAAGGGUUGGAUGUGAUUUAUUAUUUGGGCGUUAUUGAUAUUUUGACGCCUUAUUCACUUGUGAAGAGGGCUGAGCAUUUGUGGAAGGGGUUGAAGGCUGAUCGGCAUAAGAUUAGCCCGGUUCCACCUGGGGAAUAUGCGGAAAGGUUCUUUGAUUUUAUGAAGACUAUUAUGAGAGGAGGUGAGGGGGGUGCGAGGUUUGAAGUUGAAUAGACUUGCGUUGGGUUCACGUCUUGCGCCGCCGUUUUUCUCCCUCCUCAUCCGUCACCCCGCCCGCCUCCCUAGGCCGUUCGUUCAUACGGCAAGCUCCCACCCAUCCGCUACCGCGGUCCCUCCCGUCCUUCUCCACUCCACCCAGCCAUCCCUACCUCCAACCCACACCAAACUAAACGAACCCAUCUCAUUGCUGGAAGUCAGAAGUCAGAAGAAGACCCACCCCAAGAAAAGAGACCCCUGCAAUCAUAAAAAAACCAUCCAUCCAUGCAUAUACUGUAUCAAACGACAACAACGCCCCACCCACCCGGACCUCACUCACUCACUCAAAUCACGCUAGCAUAAGCAAUACCUGGGUUCAUAAUUUCAAUUCCUUAUCACUCAAUUUAACUAUCUCUCCACCCACGCUCAUUUGAUCGAUCUCUCACUCCGUAUACCUUUUCUUUUCCUUUCGAACGCGUAUCUUUUUUGUAUCUAUAUACGAUUUGUCUCUCUCUCUGACUCUCUGGACUUUCUCUCCCUCGAGCUAUUGGCGUUCUCGUCGCCCUCACAGUCCUUUUUCGAUAGCUUAUCUCUAUAGCGACUAUGGUUUCUUUUGGCCAUGACUACCACACUCAUUCAUUCAUUCGUCUUCUACGAUACAAACAGCACUUACAUGCUUCUUCCCCUUCCAAAAUUCGACAUUCAACAUGCCUCCUGCUUCAAGUUG